AUGGCUGCUCCAAUUUCCACUAUUGCGGAGACCAAAGAGCUCCGCGGUCUAAACCUCAUCGCUGCCCAUUCUCACAUCAGAGGACUAGGUGUCGAUGUGGACUCCUUGCAGCCCCGCGCAGCAUCUCAGGGCCUUGUUGGCCAGGAGAAGGCGCGGAAGGCUGCUGCGGUGAUUUUACAGAUGGUGAAGGAAGGGAAGAUUGCCGGUCGUGCUGUCUUGAUCGCAGGGCCUCCUAGCACUGGCAAGACAGCUAUUGCGAUGGGUAUGGCGCAGUCGCUUGGAUCCGACGUACCGUUUACGAUGCUCGCGGCUUCGGAAAUCUUCUCCAUGGAAAUGUCGAAAACAGAAGCCCUCACACAAGCGUUCCGCAAGUCCAUUGGUGUCCGGAUCAAGGAGGAGAGUGAGAUCAUCGAGGGUGAGGUUGUUGAGAUCCAGAUCGACCGAAGCGUCACCGGAGGCAACAAACAAGGGAAACUCACGAUCAAGACUACGGAUAUGGAGACAAUCUAUGACAUGGGGACUAAGAUGAUAGACUCGAUGACCAAGGAAAGGGUCAUGGCCGGUGAUGUUAUUUCGAUUGACAAGUCCUCCGGAAAGAUUACCAAGCUUGGUCGCUCCUACGCCCGUUCAAGAGACUACGAUGCAAUGGGCGCCGACACCAAAUUUGUCCAGUGUCCCGAGGGCGAGCUUCAAGUUCGCAAGGAGAUUGUGCACACUGUCAGCCUUCACGAAAUCGAUGUGAUCAACUCGCGCACACAGGGCUUCCUCGCACUUUUCUCCGGUGAUACGGGCGAGAUCAGGAGCGAGGUUAGAGACCAGAUCAAUACCAAGGUUGCCGAGUGGAAAGAAGAAGGCAAGGCGGAGAUCAUCCCCGGUGUUUUAUUUAUCGAUGAGGUCCACAUGCUCGAUAUUGAGUGCUUCUCGUACAUCAACCGUGCAUUAGAAGCCGAGCUUGCACCAAUUGUCAUCAUGGCGAGCAAUCGUGGCCAGGCACGGAUUCGUGGAACAACAUACACCUCCCCACACGGAUUGCCUCUCGACUUCCUCGACCGCGUUGUUAUCGUCAGUACGCAGCCUUACCCUGCUGACGAGAUCAGACAAAUCCUUGCCAUCCGCGCACAAGAAGAAGAGAUCGACUUGUCACCAGACGCAUUGGCUCUCCUGACAAAGAUUGGCCAGGAGUCCGGCCUCCGGUAUGCUAGUAAUAUUAUCACGACUUCUCAUCUGCUCAGCCAAAAGAGGAAGGCCAAGGACGUCAGUGUUGAUGAUGUUCAGCGCAGCUACCGGCUAUUCUAUGACCCUGCACGAAGCGUCAAGUUUGUCCAAACCUACGAGCAGCGUUUCAUUGGUGAUCAAGGUGCUGUUACGUUCUCAGCGGCCGCCAACGGUGACGCCAUGGAGAUCUCUUAG